ACGAACUAGCGGAAUGCUGUUAAAGGGACAGUGACUCCAGGUUAGCCUGGUUCUUGCUUGGGGGAAAGCGAGGUCUUUGCAACCCAAACUUUCUCCUCCCCUGCUGCCGGGCGCGCGUGGGCGCACGUUUAGGUAUCAGCACCAUAUUUGUGUCAUAAAAUAAAUUUGGUAGGACUGGAAGAAGAUUUUUAUAGAGAAAGAACAUUCCAAGGAGGCACUUUAUGUUGUGUCUGUCUCCUGUCAGGAAUUCAGGCUAGCAGCUUCCUCUCCCUGGCUCUUCCAAGGAAGGAAGGGGAACGGAGAAAGAAGGGGUUUGGUUCUGGAGACACUCAGGAGAGGAGGCACUUCUGGAGAACAGUAAAACUCAGAGGAGAAGUCAGUGGUAUCCCUGGUGUUUGAGAAAGCAAUGCUCAAGAGCCCCUCGGUGCUGAUGGUGCUGAGUCAGCUGGGAAGGAGAUCGGAGGUGAAGCUGGCCAGGCCCCUGCACCAGAUGGUCAAAAUGGCCAAGCAGGUACAGGCUCGAAGGCUGGAAGGCACCGACAAGAACCCUUGGGUGGAGUUUGUGAAGUUGGCCAACGAAAAUGAGGCUGUGAACUUGGGCCAGGGUUUCCCUGAUUUCGCACCUCCAGAAUUCUCCAGGGAAGCAUUCAGACAGGCUGUCAGCGGAGACAUCAUGCUCAAUCAGUACACUCGUGCUUUUGGUCACCCUCCCCUGGUAAAGAUCCUGGCUCAGUUCUUUGGGAAACUGCUGGAACAAGAGUUGGAUCCCCUAAAUAAUGUGCUUGUGACAGUGGGUGCCUAUGGGGCCCUCUUUUAUGCUUUCCAGGCCCUAGUGGAUGAAGGUGAUGAGGUCAUUAUCAUUGAACCCUAUUUUGACUGCUAUGAGCCAAUGACAAAGAUGGCUGGUGGCCGUCCUGUGUUUGUGGCCCUACAACCGCCACCAGCCCAUGAUGGGCAGCUAAUGUCUAGUGGUGACUGGAAGUUAGAUCCAGCUGAGCUAGCCAGCAAGUUCACUCCCCGGACCAAAGCCAUCGUCAUCAAUUCACCCAACAACCCCCUGGGCAAGGUGUUUAGCAGAGAAGAACUGGAAGUCAUAGCAAAUCUGUGCAGAAAACACGAUGUCCUGUGUUUCAGUGAUGAGGUUUACCAGUGGUUGGUGUACGAUGAACAGAAACACAUCAGCAUAGCUAGUCUUCCAGGAAUGUGGGAACGAACCCUGACUAUUGGCAGUGCAGGAAAAACUUUUAGUGCAACUGGUUGGAAGUUGGGCUGGGUCCUGGGCCCAGAUCGUCUUCUGAAGCAUCUUCGGACUGUCCACCAGAAUUCCCUGUAUCACUGCCCCACACAGGCCCAGGAAGCCGUAUUUUCCAGUUUUGAACGGGAGCUGCGGCUCUUUGGUCAGCCUGAUAGCUACUUUGUCCAGCUGCCUAAGGCUCUUCAGAAGAAGCGGGAUCACAUGUUGAACAGCUUGCAGACCAUUGGCUUGAAGCCCAUUGUCCCCCAGGGCACCUACUUCCUCAUUGCAGACAUCUCCACCUUCAAAAAAAAGAUGCCCCACCUCCCUGGCUCCGAGGGGGAGGCCUAUGAUUCUCGAUUUGUCAAGUGGAUGAUCAAGAACAAGGGUUUGGUGGCCAUUCCAGUCUCAGCGUUCUACAGCUCAGAACAGAAGAAAUGUUUUGACCACUAUAUCCGCUUCUGCUUUGUGAAGAAUGACUCCACCCUGGAUGCCAUGGAUGACAAGCUACAGCAGUGGAAGAAAGAUCUGGAGGCAUGAUUUCUGCACAGGGGCCUCCCCCCCUUCCCCCUCCAGCUCACUCUCCUUGAUUGGGUCCUUCCCCCUCACUCCUUCCAUCCUUUGUGCCUCGGGCAUUCCCAGGCUUGGAGGAGGGAGGAGGGAAGCUGCCUAACUGGGGCCCAAGUCUGAGAGGGGUGGAUGAAAAAAGAGACCACAGCUGCCCCAGGUCUUUCUCUGCUCCCCCCACCUACUAUACCUUGGUGAAAGUCUGCUCUCUCUUAUUCAGGGAUUGGGGGACCCAGGAACCCUCAUUGACCCAGCCCACACUCCCAUCCCUGCAAGAGGAAAUGUUCAGCUUGGUCAGCAUCAGGGUGUUUUCUCUGUGGCAGAGCUCUCCCUAGAACGUCCCUCCCUCCUUUAUCACUUCCUCUUCUCUCUGUUGAGUCAUAAAGAGGGAUUUCCCUUCCCACUCUGAACACUUGAAUCAGCCUCCCCAACCAAGGCAUGGAUGCCAGCCAGGCCAGAAGUCACCUGAGGUUUACAGUGAUACCUGACAGCUUGCUUUCAUCCCUCCUUGGUUCUCAUGUUGAUAUAAUUUAUCUUUUUCCUUGUUUUUUUUCUCCUUUCCUUUCACUUUCAAGGGGGUUGGCACAACAUCAGAAGGGUCAAUGGUUAGGCUGCCUUGCAUAGCCAGUCAAUCAUAGCCUUGGGAGAAUCCCUUUAAACUUAAAUGAGGAGUGAUUUCCUCAAGCCAAGAGCCAAAUAUUUGCCUUUUAAUAAAGUUUAUUGCAUCCUUCA